AUGGCCAUCAUGAAAUUCGCUCGGUUCCUGCGUGUAGAUCAGAAGCUAACCUCGCGGCUUGUGCAUGGUCCUGUGGUUUCCGAAUCUCGCGUUGCAUGUUCACCAUGCUGCCAGUCUUGCACGUCCACCGGGCGCGGAGGGUACAUUAGCAUCGUUUGGCAAGACACAUUUGAAAUCUGUAUUGUGUCUCACUCGCAAGUUGAAGAAGCCAUGUCUGCUUUCGCCGUGUCAACUAGGACCAGGGCGCCCACUGAUAUCAAUGACAUCGACCUCGCUCGACCGGUCGCUACUCUCGCAGAGACUAUCUCAAAGGCCAUGUCGGCGCUGUACGCUCUACACGUGGCCAUGGGCCGCUCUUGCGCGGAAACAUCGUCGACCUUUAUGGAAUUCGUCGAAUACAAACAGAGAAUUCGCACUCAUUGGGCGGCGUUGGAAUCUUUCCUCCAGCACUCGCUCGGAUAUGCUCGCGAUUAUCUCGCUCUAUGUCAGUCACUCCAGCACGAAAGCCAGGCGCAAUAUGCGGUGGCAGGGUUCGCGAUAUUGGCCCACGCACAGCAGAUUCGCAGUGAAAUAGCCCGUUUUAAGCCCGCGUACGCUGGGAUGGUGAAAGAAUUCGAAGACAAAGAACCCACGGCUAAAUUCCGCAGAGGAAACGGCAAACAUGGAAAUGGCUCCUCGUUCGACGCAUCGGUUCUACCGUUCAUCCAGACAUCGCAAGCAGCCUUGCAUCCAGAAACCAGUGAUUCAUUCAAGAUCGCCUCCUCGGCCCUCUCCGAUUCACUCAUCGCCAUUACUGACAUCAGCGUCUUUUGGGAUAGGCACGCCGACGACCUCCAAAAACUAUCGCGAUCUGAAGAGAGUCUGAAGAGGGCGACGCGAGAUCGAGGCUACUAUCAAGCAGAGAUCGCUCGAUGGAAGGAGUAUCACACUGCCUUGCACGAUGCGAUUUACUCCAUCACCUCUUCUUCAGAUGCCAUGCGGGUGAGCCCGAUGAUUCAGCCAAGCAAUUGGCGAAGACGACUUGGUCGUUUUAUGUCACCAAAAAGACGAGCCACCGACCCCGCGAUAAGAUCCGGAUUUCUAGUUGCAGAGCUGGGGGUCUCCGGAGCUGAAUACGAUUCCCUCAAAAAUCCGUUUGACGUGUUGAUCCUGUCCCGGACCACUCACACAAUCAAUGUCUGUUUGGAGUCCUUUUCCCAGCGAUUCAGACAGACCACUAUCAUCCACCGUCUGGGAAUCUACAGUCGCCUUUAUCGUCUUGCCCAGCAGUAUACAGACACGCUGUCAAGCGUGGAAGCUCUCUCCGAUGCCGCUAUUGAAUUCUGUGCCGCCAUCCAAGGAACUAUGCAAAGUCGUGCAGCGGCAGAAUCCGCGACAUUCAUGCGCGGCCACGCCGAGAAGUGUAGCCACAUAAUUUCUGAGAUACUGCCGAAAUACCAAACCCUUCUCCGCCAAUUGCAACAAGAGCUCAGCCGGACAUUAUCAAGACAGAGCGCCGACAUUCCGUCUCCGAGUUCGGAUGUUUGGGACCGAGAUCUCGUCGCUGACUCUGUCAGGGCGCUCAAAGAUAGAGAACUUUUGGCCUGCAUCCAUUCGACCUUGGACCGACUCAUUCAUUUAUUAUCGAAGUUCCGAGUGUUUUGGUUCAACGCGGCCGCGGACUCGGACCAGCUCCGUUCCUUCGGUCGUGUAGGGUCCUUGUUGGCGCAGCAAAUUACUCCGGUGUGGCAAAGAGUGGAGGUGCUCCUUCGCGAGUACAGAUCAGAGGCUGGACUUGGGAAGACUUUGGACUUCGCUGGUGGCCCUUCAAGUGACAAGAGUCCGGGACUGUUCAAAUGGAAAAGGAACACUAAGUUCAGCGACACCGAUACUAUUGCCGACCAAGCAUCUGUGCUUUCGCUGGGCUCUGAAGGGGGAGACGACACCCUUACGCAUACCGGGAACCUUUUCCACAAACCAUCAGGGGCUGAAGUCGUUCGCAGGUUGACGAAGUCCAACAACGAGACGUUUGUGUGCCUGAAGGUCUUUUGCGAGAAAUAUAGGGAAAAGAAACAUUUUGGGGUGCAUCACUUGCAUCGUCACGAAAAGAAGAUAUACAAGCACGUUGUCGAGCAAGCAGGGGUAUACGUCGGCACAAUCGACACUAGUCUCGGGAUUGCGCAGAAGGGAAUUGCGAUAAGUCGAGACGUUAAGGCGAUCCUUGAGGAUCCUAAGCUUGAGCUUGCCCUUAUGGUUGAUUUCAUGCUCGUGAAGGCGAAAGAGGUCUUGGAUGAUGUGACCAGCAUCUCGGGGCGAUUCAGGGAGAUAAGAGUAGCUCUCUACGACGAAAUGCAACGCGUUGCACCGGGGUUAGAGCUGCACCAGCCUGAACAGUACUCAUAUACAGACUCGGAAGAGCACGAAUUCGACUUACAAGCAUUGAAGCGAAUGGGCGACGAAGAUCUUCUUCAGCUAACCGUAGCCGUCCUGGAUCGAUUCGCUAUAAUCGUCGGGAAUUUUAUUGACUGGUGGAGCGACCUGCGCACCGACGUUGAAGGCCUAACUCGGGGCAUAGAGUUCAUACGAAAAAAACCGGCGAUCAGCUCCCGAGUCUGGAAGCAAUGGGAUGACGUAGAAAAGCAAUAUAGAGGCUAUAAUUCGGAGAUAAUGGCUCAGCAGGAUUACUAUCAUGAGACGUUGUCGGACCUGGUGGUGCCAGUGUCCUGUGUCCACCGUGCAGUCCACCGCGUGGCUCACGGCGUAGCGCACAGGCUGGGACUAGAGUGA